AUGCAUAUCAAAAAUUCGUUCAAAGACCUUCUAAUACCUGCAUUUCUGUUGUUCUCUAAUUUGAGUGAAGCAUGUUGGGGCAAUACCACUUGCAAUGGGCCACUCGAGGCGUCUUUUCCUGGUCCCUGGGAGAAGAAUAUGUACUCUCCCGCGACUCGCAUGGUUUCCCCCAAAAGGAUUCUCAGUGCAAAUAACGAUUUCUUGAGAGAGUACUCUGGUGCUAGUCAUCUUGUGGGCAAUGGUUCUCUGCUUAUCUUUGACUUCGAUCAAGAAGUUGGGGGUUUAGUGACCAUCAACUUCAAGACAGUGGGACAAGGUGCCAUUGGGCUUGCUUUCACGGAAGCUAAGAACUUCACUGGGUUCAUCUCGGAUGAAAGUAACGGUGGCUCCGGCCCUGAUGGCGCGCUUCUUAUCGAUGUUUCGUCCGACGAAUCGAAAGAAGGAAGUUAUACUACACCCCUGAGUAAGCUUCGUGGAGGCUUUCGAUAUCUCAGCGUGUUUACACUCACAAAUAACACCGCUUUCAAAGUUACCCUGGACACUAUCAAGGUUGAGCUUGACUUUCAGCCAUCUUGGCCGAACUUGAGAGCCUAUGGGGGUUACUUUCAUUCCAGUGACACCUUGCUCAACCGGAUCUGGUACGCGUGUGCGUAUACAGUGCAGGCAAACAGCAUUCCACCCGUUACUGGUCGAGUUUGGCCCGCGCCAUCUGAAGGGUGGCUCAAUGACGCCAAUCUGGGUCCUGGAGAUAGCGUCCUAGUGGACGGAGCAAAACGAGACCGAGCUGUUUGGGCCGGGGAUUUAGGGAUCUCUAUCCCCAGUGCUCUUGUUGGGCUUGGCGACCUCCAAGCCAGCAAAAAUGCUCUCAAUAUACUUUACCUCAAUCAGGCGUCAGAUACAGGAGAGUUGCCAGAAGUCGGUCCCCCAAUUAAUUUCUUUGGGUCUGAUACCUACCACAUGGCAGCAAUGAUAGCAACGCACGAUUAUGUUUUGUACAGCAACGACCUUGCUUAUCUUGAAUCCAUUUGGUCGAACUAUACGCAGGCAAUGGCUUUCAUAACUGCCAAAAUUGAUGAUACUGGACUACUCAAUGUUACCGGAGCAUCCGGCUGGGGGCGAUCCGCCACUGCAGCAGGGUAUAGCACUAUUGGGAACAUGCUUUUGUAUGGAACGCUCAAGUCUGGCUCCCGCCUUGCAAUCUGGCUCAAACAGCCACAAUUGUCAGCCAAAUGGGAGCAGAUAGCUUUGAAGCUAAAGGCCGCCGUUAAUUCUGCAGACUACAAUUGGGACCCUGCAGUUGGGGCAUUCAAAAACAAUCCGAUGGAUAGCAGUAUUUUUCCCGAGGAUGGAAAUAGUAUGGCUCUGUUUUUCGACGGUGCCAAUUCAUCCCACUUCACCAAAAUCAGCGACUAUCUCACCACGAACUGGGGACCCAUUGGCGCAAAGGUCCCUGAGUGUCCUGGGAGUAUAUCUCCAUAUGUUGAAAGCUACGAAAUCAAGGGUCACCUAAAAGCCGGCAAGGCACAACGUGCUCUGGAUCUAAUGCGUCUCAGCUGGGGAUGGUAUCUCAAUAACCCAAUGGGCACUGGGAGUUCCAUUAUCGAGGGUUAUAACGAAGAUGGAUCAUUUCUCUAUACUGCGAAUGAAGGUUAUGACCAAGUCGGCUCUUAUCCAUCUCAUGCGCACGGGUGGAGUACUGGCCCAGUUGAUGCCCUGGUUUCAUAUGUUGUCGGCCUUCAACCAACUGCUCCGGGGGGAGCAGAUUGGACCCUAUCCCCACAGACUGGAGACCUGGCUUUUGCCGAAGGUGGAUUCACAACACCGCUAGGCAAGUUUUCUGCCAGCUGGCAAACUGGACCUGCCGGGCUUAGUAUACAAUACGAGGUUCCCAAGGGGACUGCUGGGAAGCUGCAAGUGCAGUUGACGACAUCAAAAGAAAGGGUCUUUGUGGACGGGCAUGAGUGUGUGAUGAAACUAUCCGAUCAUAGCCGGACCUUGUUCGAGACUAAUGUGGAGGGUGGAAAACAUACAAUCCAUGUUGAGAAGUAA